UCAAUUUUUAAUUCUAUAUUCCCACUCAAAUCAGAUGUCUAGGGUUUCUUCAAUCUUUCUCAAACCCUAACAAAUUCAAUCAUUCUCCGCUCGGUUUCAAUCGAUCUCCAUCAAUCCGCUCUCCAAUUCGUCUAUCGAGCUAUUCGAUCCGCACAAUAAUGGCGGAGCACUUGGCCUCCAUUUUCGGCACCGAGAAAGACCGCGUCAACUGCCCGUUCUACUUCAAAAUCGGCGCCUGCCGCCACGGCGACCGGUGCUCCCGCCUCCACAACCGCCCCACCAUUUCUCCGACGCUGCUGCUGUCCAACAUGUACCAGCGCCCCGACAUGAUAACCCCCGGCGUCGACGCCCAGGGCCAGCCGAUCGACCCCGACAAGAUCCAGGAGCAUUUCGAGGAUUUCUACGAGGACAUAUACGAGGAGCUCAGCAAAUUCGGCGAAAUCGAGAGCCUCAAUGUCUGCGACAACCUCGCCGACCACAUGAUUGGAAAUGUCUACGUCCUGUUCAAGGAGGAGGACCAGGCGGCUGCUGCUCUCAACGCCUUGCAGGGCAGGUUCUACUCUGGCCGUCCGAUUAUUGCCGAUUUCUCGCCGGUCACUGAUUUUCGCGAGGCCACGUGCCGGCAGUAUGAAGAGAACAGCUGUAACCGUGGCGGCUACUGCAAUUUUAUGCAUGUUAAGAUGAUCGGUAGGGAGCUGAGGAGGAAGCUGUAUGGUACUCGCCAUGGCAAGUUUUGGGGAACUAGGAGCCGAAGCAGGAGUGCGAGUCCCCCUAAGCGUGAGAGGGAGAAAGACAGGAACAGGGAAAGAGAGAGGGAUUAUGAUAGGAGGGAUCACCACCGUGGUAGUGGGAGGAGGAGUGGUGGAGAUGACAGGCAUGGUGGGAGGUAUGGGAGUGAGAGGAGGAGGCAUGGAGGGAGUCCGAGGAGGAGCAGGAGUCCAGUGAGGGAAGGGAGCGAGGAGCGUAGAGCUAGAAUUGAGCAGUGGAAUCGGGAGAGGGAGGAGAAGGGGCAGUGAUGCUGUUGGGUUUGUUGUAUUUGUUUAUACUCUCUUUUGGUAUUGCGCACUAUAUUUUCGUGUUGCCAUGUCUUGGUAGUUUGAUUAGUUCGACAGUAUACAUGCAACUAUAACCUAGAAUUAUGUUUCUUUUUUUCUGUGGGAUUAUGAUUGGGGGAUCAGAUUGUAUGACCGUUAGCAUUCUAGUUUAUCAAGACUGAAUCUCAUCACACUUUGGUACCUGGUAUUGGUGGUUGUUUUCGUGAGAUCUUAAUGUGAUGUUCCUCAUUCAUGACUCUA